GAGUCUCGUGUAGACAUAGAGAUCGAGGAUAAGGUGUGCAUGUUACAAUGGUACAUUGAUGGGGAGGAGCCAGCAUACCUACACAGUCCCUUCAAAUGCUGCAAAGUCGUCGUGCGGCAGGAGUACCGUGAAUUGUUAGCAUGGAUCUGGUCAUACUUUGGUGGCGGGGAUGGGGGUGAACAAUCCGGCUAUAAACCGGACCCAAAUAUAAACAAGGCAUCGCUGUUUCCUCCACACAAUCCGUUCAAAGGCUUGAAUGUUGUAUCGGUCCGCCAUGAAUUGAAUGACGGCGUUGUUGUCACUGGAACUCCCGGCAUUGGCAAGAGUCUGUUCCUUUUGUUCGUGCUCGCAUUGCGCCUUCUUGCAAAACAAACGACUGUUUUUCAUUGUUUCGCCGGCGAGUUCUUGAUAUUCGACGAGACCGGGGUAUAUAUAUCCAAAGACAUGGCUUCAGAACUCCGAUUCUUACCAGAACAUACGUGGUUCCUGGUGGAUAGUAAUCAAUCCGUCACUUCUCCUCCUGUAACGUUUCUCUAUUCAUGCACAUUAUAUUCUCGAAAGAUCGUCGUGGCGGCGUCACCUCGUAAACAGCGAUUCGACUGGACGUCAAAAUAUACGAGAAUAAUUCCUGUGUGGUGUGACAUAUUUACUUUCGAGGAGAUACUUAAAGCACGAGAUGCUCAGAUAGGUAAAGAACUAGUAUCGGAAUUGGAACUGCAGAGUUUCUGGAACAACUACGGUGGUAUCGCUCGUAAUGCCUUCUCGCUCUACGACAGGCCAGAUAAAUACGAACGGAAAAUUGAACAAAACCUGAGGGGUAUUCACUGGGAGACGCUCGAGGACACGAUUAAAGAAUUGAGCUCGGGCUAUUUCGACACACAGUUCUCUCAUAACACCAUUGUUGCAAGGCCCGAGAAGGACACGCGUGACGAUUUCUAUUGCGAGUUUGCCGCACCGAGGAUAGCAGAAAUUAUAGUCGGCUAUUACGCACAGAAGUCACACUUCAAGGCCGUACAACUUUAUCGCUAUUUCUUGCAGACCCCCAAAACCAGGGCAUCUGCAGGGUAUCUGUUGGAGUCAACCGUGUUUACCAAUCUUCAGUCAGGUUCUGGAUGGAAGAACUGGAAAGAAUGGUGA